CCCAAGAAAAGAAAGAGACGAUCAGGCCCUUGUCUAAUCGUCUUCCACUAAGGAUUAGAAUAAGAAAAAUAGUAAUUACAAUAAUAAUAAACAAAGACUCCAAAAAAAUUAAAGAAGUCUUUGGUGAAACUUACUUUUCUUUGUAGUUUCAAUUGGUCAGCGAAGUCUUUGAUGGUUCAAUUUUUUAUUCAAUUGAAGCAAAGUUGUUGGAUCUUGAAACUUCACAUUUCUUUGUUAUUUCUAUCUUUUCUUCUUUUGUAUUGCUGCCUAACCUUUCGCUUACAGCUCUCUCCUCAAACAGUUUCCAUCGAGGCAAUCAAGCAUCGUCUUCUAUCAUUAUCUCCACAUCUUCCAGCUAGCUAGAGUACCAAAUCCUUUGCUUGAUUUCUGCUUUAUUGCUCUUCUUUUUAUAACUCAACAAAAAAAUUUUGGGAAAUAGAAAAAAAAAAAACUGGUCCUUGAUUUUCCAUUACAGAUCCAUACAGCUUUUGAAGAUCCAUCUCAAGUGAGGCUGGUCCUUAAUUUUCCCUUCCUAAUGAUCUCUGGAGUUGGUGAUGUAAAACGUCCACAUACUUCAAUUUAGAAUAUCCAUUCCUAGAUUUUUCAAUUUCCAAGUUGAUCCAUCAACAAUUGUUUCUGUUUGUUACUGUAAUGGAUUAGAUCAAGUCUUUGAUUUUCCCAAAGAAAUUGGUGAGCUUGAGGUUCAAUCGGUCACAAGGAUUUCCAGCACAACUUAUCAAUAUUUGUGGAUACUUGAAGCUCUUUGUUCAUUUGAAACAAGGUUGGCCCUUAAUUCUCCUUUCCUAAUGAUAUCUGGAGUUGGUGAUGUAAAGAGUCCACACAGUUUAAUUUAGAAGAUCCAUCCCCAAUUAGAUCAUCAAAGAAUGGCUGCUGAAUUUGCUGCCUCUGCUGCUGCCAAUGCUGUAGGAAAUCUCACAACAGAAUAUGCAUCACCUUAUGUUAGUUACUUUUUCCGAUUUGGGAAAAUUGUUGAAGAAUUCAAGAAUCGGAGAAAAGAACUUGAAUUGAAAAGUGAUCGGGUAAAAAAUGAUGUCGAAGAGGCUAUAAGGCAAAAUGAGGUAAUUGAGGAGGAUGUCCAACACUGGCGAAAACGGGCAGAGAAAGAACUGGAAGAAACCCAGUGUCUGGAAGCUCAAAUAGAACGUAUGAAGUGUUUCAAUUGGUGUCCAAGCUGGGGUUGGCGAUAUUGCUUAAGUAAGAAAGUGGCAAAGAAGACGAUCUCUAUCGAUAAACUUCUUGUGAGUUGUAACUUUCCACGGGUGGGCCACCGUAAGCCUCCAGAAGGAAUAGAAUUCUUCCCCUCUAAAGAUUUCAUGCCUAAUGAGUCUUCAAAUUUUACUUUCAAUGAGAUCAUCAAGGCUCUAAAUACUGAUGGUGUGAACAUGAUUGGAUUGUAUGGAAUGCCAGGGGUGGGUAAAACAACUUUGGCAAAAGAAGUUGGGAGGCAUGCUAAAGAGCAAAAUCUCUUUGACAAAGUUGUGAUGGCUACAAUGUCCCAAACGCCAAACAUCAACAAAAUUCAAGAUAAAAUUGCAGAAUUAUUAGGUUUGAAAUUUGAAGUAAGCACGGAAGAAGGAAAAGCAGAAGAGUUAUGGCGGAGAUUGCAAGGCGUGGAGAAGAUCCUCGUGAUUAUCGAUGAUGUUUGGAAUCAAUUUAAAUUGCGGGCUGUAGGUAUUCCAUUCGGAGUUGAACACGAAGGUUGCAAAGUUCUUCUGACCACACGUCUUCAACAAGUCUGUGAUCGUAUGAAUUGUCAACAGAAAUUUCAACUUGACAUCUUAUCCGAAGGUGAAGCAUGGACUUUGCUCGAAGAUACUGCUGGUCUAAAAGAUGUUUCUUCGAGAUUGAAAGAUGUAGCCAAGGAGGUUGCUAGUGAAUGCAUGGGUUUGCCUCUUGCAAUUGUAACAAUCGGAAACGCUUUAAAAGGUGCAAGUCUAGAUGGGUGGCAAGCAGCAAAUAAACGACUCAAGGACUCAAGACAUUUAGACAAUGAAGAGGUUUCUGAAGACAUCUACAACUGCCUUAAGCUGAGUUAUGAUUAUUUGAAGGGAGAUAAUAUUCGAACAUGUUUCUUGCUGUGUUCCCUUUUUCCAGAAGAUUGGAAUAUUAAGAUUGAGGAGUUGGUUAUGUUAGCAAUUGGUCAUGGAUUAUUUUCUCAUAUUUUCUUUAUUGAAGACUUGCGGAGAGAAAUUCGUGAAGUACUAAGAAACCUCCAGAAGUCUGGUUUGUUAUUGAGAACUGAUGAUGAUGGUGAUGAAAGAUAUGUAAGCAUGCAUGACGUGGUUCGUGAUUUUGCUCAUUGGAUAACAUCUACAGGGAAAAAUAUAUUCAUGGUAAAAGAGGGGUUGAUGGAAUGGCCUCCAAGUGAAAGUUGUGGAUCUCAUACAGCAAUCUCCUUUUGGAACAGCAACAUAAAUAUUUUUCCUGAAAAAUUAGAAUUUCCAGAACUCAAAAUUUUGAUUUUUACAGGAAAGACUUUAGUGAAAGUUCCGAUUGCCUUUGUUGAAGGAAUGAAAGCUCUCCGAGUUUUGCGUCUCGAAAAUGUCAUUUUCUCACUGGAAGUACUUAAAUUGGUAACAAAUCUUCGAACUCUGUGCCUUGUAAAAUGCAGGUUGGAGAACAUCUCAUCGUUGGGAAAUAUGAAAAACCUUGAGAUUCUUGCAUUUUCUGGUACUAAUAUUUAUGAGCUACCUGAAGAAUUAGCGGCAUUGCGUGGCCUAAAAUCGCUACAUUUUUUUUACUCUGGAAGAGAACAGAUCAAUUUUCCCCCUAAUUUACUAUCAAGGUUGACAUCACUCCAAGAACUAUACGUGAUAUGUGAAAACAAUGUUGACUUAUCGGAGCUGAAUUCAUUGUCUUGUUUGACUGUGCUGUCACUGAGGGUUUCUACUGCUCAAUGUUUUCCAGAAAACUUUGUGUUCCCUAAACUACAAAGCUACAUUAUAGUUGUAAACGAAUAUGUUCCAUUUAUGCGGGGGCCGAACUGUAGAGCCUUGGAAAUUGUUGACUCAACGUCAUUAAGUGCAUGCAACAAGUUGUUCUGCAAUGUGGAAAAGUUGGCUCUGGAGAAUGUCAUGGGACACAAAAAUAUUGUCCCAAACGUACAUCCUGAGGGCCUCCAAAGUCUAAAGAAUGCAACCAUUCGGAAGUGCAGUGAAUUGAAAUCCAUCUUCCCGCCUUGCCUUUCUCAAAGUUUGUUGCAUCUACAAAAACUUGAAAUAUCUGAGUGCGAUAGAUUAGAACAAGUCUUUGAUUUUCCCCAAGAAGUGGGAGAGCUUCUAAAUGCAAGCCUCCAAAGUCUAAAGAAUGCAACCAUUCGGAAGUGCAGUGAAUUGAAAUCCAUCUUCCCGCCUUGCCUUGCUCAAAGUUUGUUGCAUCUACAAGAUCUUGAAAUAUCUGAGUGCGAUAGAUUAGAACAAGUCUUUGAUUUUCCUCCCCAAGAAGUGGGAGAGCUUGAGGUACGACCACUCUCUAAUUUAACUUCUUUGGAGCUAAAGUCAUUACCAGAACUAAAGUGGAUAUGGAAAGGGCCCACCCAUCUUGUUAACCUCCAAAGUCUUAAGACUUUGAAUAUACGGGGGUGUGAGCAACUGGUAUAUCUCUUUUCGACUCCCCUUGCUCAAAGUUUGGUGCAUCUACAAGAACUUGAAAUAUCUAGGUGCGAUAGAUUAGAACAAGUCUUUGAUUUUCCCCAAGAAGUGGGAGAGCUUGAGGUACAGCUACUCUCUAAUCUAACUUCUUUGAAGCUAGAGUCAUUAUCAGAAUUGAAGUGGAUAUGGAAAGGGCCCAUCCAUCUUGUUAACCUCCAAAGUCUUAAGACUUUGAAUAUACGGUGGUGUAUGCAACUGGCAUAUCUCUUUUCGACUCCCCUUGCUCAAAGUUUGGUGCAUCUACAAGAACUUGAAAUAUCUUGGUGCAAUAGAUUAGAACAAGUCUUUGAUUUUCCCCAAGAAGUGGGAGAGCUUGAGGUACAGCUACUCUCUAAUCUAACUUCUUUGAAGCUAGAGUCAUUAUCAGAAUUGAAGUGGAUAUGGAAAGGGCCCAUCCAUCUUGUUAACCUCCAAAGUCUUAAGACUUUGAAUAUACGGUGGUGUAAUCAACUGGCAUAUCUCUUUUCGACUCCCCUUGCUCAAAGUUUGGUGCAUCUACAAAAACUUGAAAUAUCUUGGUGCGAUAGAUUAGAACAAGUCUUUGAUUUUCCUCCCCAAGAAGUGGGAGAGCUUGAGGUACGACCACUCUCUAAUUUAACUUUUUUGCGGCUAGACUCAUUACCAAAAUUAAAGUGGAUAUGGAAAGGGCCCACCCAUCUUGUUAACCUCCAAAGUCUGAAUAUAUGGCGGUGUGCGCAACUGACAUAUCUCUUUUCGACUCCCCUUGCUCGAAGUUUGGAGCAUCUGGAAGUACUCGAAAUAGGCAAUUGCGAUUCUUUGGAACAUUUAAUCUUCGAUGAAGCAGAAAAUGAGGAUCAAAUAGUUUCAAACAUGGAUGGCCAUCUUCUCCACUGGCCUAAGUUGAGCACUCUCAAGAUAAUUGAUUGCGGAAGAUUGAAUUAUGUGUUUCCAAUCACUUUGGCUCAAGGACUUCCUUAUUUGGAAUCUGUUGAGAUAACUGACUGUUCUCAACUAAAGCAGGUCUUCAAUAUGAAAAAGGACAAGGGUGGGCGUCUACUACAAGACAUUGUGCUACAGAGAUUGCAAAUUUUAAGGCUUAAAAAUUUAGAGAUGUUGAGUAGUUUUUGUCCAGAAAAUUUUGUCAUGUCAUUAUCUUUGAAGGAGUUCGAAGUUCACAGUUGUCCCCAAUUAACUGACCUUAAGACGUUGCAGGCCCAUUUAAAGGAUUUCAAGGAAUUGUUAUGCAAUGUCAGAAUACUUACCAUGGAUGGAAUCAUGUAUCACAAAAAUCUCAUUCCAAGCGUAGAUCCACAGGGACUAAAUGAAUUAACUUUUCUUACACUUAGAGAUGAGAAAGAGCUGGAAUGCUUGGUUGAUACAACAGACCAAGGCCAUGUCUCAACCGUUCCGCUGCUGCCAAAUUUAACAAGUUUGGAGCUAGAGCUAUUACCAGAAUUGAAGUGGAUAUGUAAAGGGCCCAACCAUUCGGUCUGCCUCCAAAGCCUGAAGGUUGCAGUAAUUAGUCGCUGCAAUAAAUUGAAAUAUCUCUUCUCACCAUCACUUGUUCAAAGCUUGGUGAUGCUAGAACAACUCAAGAUAGAAUACUGCGAUGAACUGGAACACAUUGCCACAGAGUUGGAAAUUGAUGAUAAUAUAGAAUCAGACGGUGGCCUUCUCCAUCCUCCGCCCUUGCCAAAAUUGACAUCUCUUGAAAUCCAUGGUUGUCCAAGACUACAAUAUGUCUUCAAUGUGGCAAAAGAAAAUAAUGGAGUUGAUAAUGCCAUUCUGCCACCAUCAUUGGAGAAGUUAACCAUAGUGGUUUGUCCUCGAUUUGCAAAGUUCAUUAUUCAACAAGUAGUCCACAAAAGGCUUCAACUAAAGGAAUUACGAUGUUCUGAGUUGGAGCAAGACAACUUGUGCGACACUAUUAAUUGGGAGAAUAUUUUUCAAAUUCAAGAUGGACACUUACUCUUAAGGAUAGAGAUUUUAAAUCUACAGGGUAUACAUCAGUUGCAGGGUCCCAUCCAAGUUGCAAGCCUUCCUUGUCUUAAAGAUUUAAAAGUGUCAAAUUGUAAUGAGCUGAAAUCCCUCUUCUCUUCUCUGCUUGCUCGAAAUUUGCCGCAAUUGAAAAUUUUGAAUAUAGAGUAUUGUGAGAAGCUGGAAGAAAUCAUUGAAAUGGACCAAACUUCACUAGCAUCAUCAUCACGGGGUCAUCUCCAAACUAUAUCCUUCCCUAGUCUUCAAGACAUACGGAUUUCUGGGUGCAGCAAUUUGAAAAGCUUGUUUCCUAUUAGUGUCGCCCGUUCUUUUGCCAACCUCGAGAGAAUUAAAAUUAAAGGGCCUUCUAAACUAGAGCAAGUCUUUGGGUAUCAAGGUGAACUAGACAUUGAAGAUGAUCAAAAGGGAAUAGUGCUCUCUCAAUUAGAAAUAGUGGAUCUUUCUGAGCUAUCAGACCUAAAGAGUUUUGCUCCAACUGGUUGUCAUUUCCGAUUCCCUUCUAUGUGGUCGUUUAAAAUAACCAAAUCUCCCAAGUUGACCACAAGUGUCAUCAUGGAUUCAAAACAUCCUGUGCCUGCCAUAACAGAGGUAACAGAGGAACCCCAACAAGUUCAGAAUAAUACAACAGAAGGUUUCACCACAAUGGAAGAAAUAGUUGAUAAUCAAUCCACCUGCAAUGAUAUAUUUUGGGAUGGUUUGAAAGAUCAAAUACCUUUAUAUAUGACUUUGGGAGAAACAAGGAUAAUGUUACGCUAGGAAGUGAAAAUUUAAGGAGAAACUUGUUAGCUAAACAGGUGGUUGAUACUUGAUUAUGCUUAUCAUCGUUGGAGCUUUCUGUUUUAUGGCGCCGUCAACUGGUUGGAUCUCUAUUUUUUCAGUUUUACUUUGCAGUGAAGAACUAGUUUACUCUACAUUUCAUAGCAUUUGCGUGUUUGAUAUUGUGAAUAAAGUCAUGUUUAGCCAUUCAUGUAAGACAAAUUUCAUCUAUUUUUUAUUUGGACUUGAACUCAAGCUUACAUGUCUCCUAAAUCCUCUUCUUAUUGCUUGGCCAAGACAUUGUUCGCAAAAUUCAUGUACUCUAAAGAAACAUGGUUUUUUGUGUUCA